AUGCAGCCGGUCGGCGUCAUCCGUCGUGAUGCAGUGGUAUCGUGCGACUGGUUGCUGCAGAUGAACGGCACCAUCUGGAGGAAGGAUGGAGAUCAUACAUGGAGCACGCAUUACUGCAUACCUGGUGUGCACGUUUCUCCAUACUUGAACAGAGGGUGGGGAGACACAAGGAAAAGGGAUACAGGUAAAAGGGACAGGGAAACUGGUAACACGAAGACAGGGAAGGGGAUGGCGGGAAGCAGGGAACGGGAUGGGGGGAAGCAGGGAAGGGGAUGGGGGGAAGCAAUGAAGGGGAUGGGGGGAAGCAGGGAAGGGGAUGGGGGGAAGCAGGGAAGGGGAUGGGGGGAAGCAGGGAAGGGGAUGGGGCUAGGGGGAAGCAGUGAAGGGGAUGGGGGGAAGCAAGGAAGGGGAUGGGGCGAAGCAGGGAAGGGGAUGGGGGGAAGCAGGGACGGGGAUGGGGGGAAGCAGGGAAGGGGAUGGGGGGAAGCAGGGAAGGGGAUAAGGGGAAGCAGAGAAUUGGAUGGGGGGAAGCACGGAAGGGGAUGGGGCGAAACAGGGAAGGGGAUGGGGGGAAGCAGGGAAGGGGAUGGGGGGAAGCAGGGAAGGGGAUGGAGGGAAGCAGAGAAGGGGAUAGGGGGAAGCAGGGAAGGGGAUGGGAGGAAGCAGUGA